AUGAAGAGCCUGCUCCUGACUGGCACACUGUUUGUCCUGGUGGCUGUCCUACAGGCCCAGGAUGACCUGCCUUUCCUCUCAGAAGACAAGAACGUCUCAGGGAUAUGGUACAUGAAGGCCACAGUAAAUGACCUGAACAGCACAGAGUGGAAGAGCCCUAAGGAAGAAUUCCCUUUUGUAGUGAGAGCCCUGGAGAAGGGAAACAUGGAGGUCAUGACUGUUUCCAUGUAUAAUGGUGAGUGCCUGCAGGUUGACGUCCUGUUGGAGAAAACAAAGAAGCCUGGCCAAUACAGUGCCUUUUGGGGCACAUAUCUCAUGUACAUCUAUGAGCUGCCAGUGAUGGACCACUACAUCUUCUACAGUGAAUGCCAGUUCUUUGAGCAGAAAGUCUAUGUGGGAGAGCUCAUAGGGAAGGAUCCCAAAGAAAAUUACGAGGCCCUAGAAGAUUUCAAGAAAUUCGCACAGCAGAAAGGCUUUCCACUUGAAAACAUCAUUGUGCCUGAGCAGAGAGCUGCCCUUCAGAACUGCAAACCCUGA